AUUGAUAGCUGCUGAUGCACGUGCUGCAACAUCUUCCCAAUUGGGGAUUCCUCAUGAGACUGAGGGGAAUUUUAUUGAAUGACAUUCAUUUUAUAUUAAAUUUUUUUUUAUACAAAAACACCUUGUACUGUGUUGUGCACACAGAAUCUCCUCUUGCUCCCAUUAAUUAGACGCAUUCAUCAUCUUUUGUACGCGUCUCUCUUUUGCGGCAGCUUAAGUGCACGCACUUUGUUGUUGUGAGGGAGGGCGCUAAGAAGGCAUGAAAAAUUGUCGCUCACAGAAACGAAUUGUUUGUAGCAUGUAAAGGAGGAAAAAAGCAUAAACAUUGCUUCAAUUGUGCGAUUGUUAUAUUAAAUUGAACGAUAAAAUCAACAUGACAAUUUAUUCGCCAAAUGCAAAAAAUCAUCCUUAAAUUGCUUUACGUUACACUGUUGGAAAGAGUUUGCGAGAGUGGCAAAUGGUGGUAAGAUUUAAAUUGUUAUUUAAUAUUUUUCCGGUUUUUAAUAUUCUUUUUAAUUUACUAAGAAAGUUCUUGAGAAGGGUCUGUUGAAAAAUUGCUUCUGAAAGAAUUUUUACUUUUUAGAAAAUAAUUGAAUACUUUGCAAAGCUUUCGGCUCUUUGUAUAUGUACUUACUCCAUUAAUUGAACAUACAUACAUUAAGAAUCUUCUAGGAGGAAUAUUCCGUCAUUCCCGGGGAAAAAAUGCAAAUUCAUUGAAAUAAUGUAAAAUCAACAUCAAAAGAAAUUAAAAAUAAAGUCAAAUCAAAAUAAAAAUACUUUUAUUUAAAGAAAACUGCCUUUUUCGAUUCUUACCAACCAAAAAAAAAUGAUCCGUAUUCUGCAGUCAAGAUAAUAAGAUCUUGAUCCCUUAAUAUUGCAUUUAUUUCAACUUUAAACUCUAUACGCAAAUUAAGAGAUCAAGCUUUUGAAAUCUUUACUCAACAAUAAGUGCCAAUAUUAAUUAAAUUAAUUUAAAUUCCUAUUUUUGGCUUAUCUUACUUUAAACCUCAUGAAAGACUCUUCUCAUCAAAUUAUGCUCCAAGAAAGAUCUUUAAAAAAUCGUUCAAAUAUUUUUUUAAAUGAAAAAUAAAUAAAUAAAAUUUACUCAAAACCUUUCCCAGCUUUUCUAAUAAUAUUUUCCGACGAUUUCUUUCUGUGUAAAGGGAGUUUUAUUGGCGCAAUCUUCUCAUAUUACCGAUUUCUUCAGAACAGCAAUUUCUUGCACGAGAUACUGUUGAAAAGAAAAAUUUUGGCGGAAAGAUCAUCAUCAUCUCAAAUUGCAUUGAUCCCAAUUUAUGCGGGAUGGAUUACAACGAAGAUGAAGAAAAAAUAAAAUAAUGAAAUUUAUUCCAUUGAGAUGAGUAUUGAGAAAUAUGUUGUGUCGAACAAGAGCUCAUCAGACAGGUAAUAAUGCACCUUUAGGAAAAAUAAUAUUAUAAUGUUUGUACAUUAAAAAUCCUUGACGAAGGGAAUUCCAUUGAGAUUGUGCAGAAAUGAUGGAAUGUUGCAAAAGUGCAAUCAAACUGUGCGUAUACCUGUGCGGAAAUUCAGUGAUGAAAAGAAACAAACAAUAAAAUUGUGCUCACAAAGGGGGAAGAGAAUUACGAAUAUUCUUGACGAUGAAAGUGAAAGACAAUGCUGCAGGUUGAUGAAGACACACAAAAAAAGAGUUUUGUCAUCAGAGGGAAGAGAGACAGUCAACGACAUUUCAUCUUCUUCGAUGCAGAGACAAUUUCAAAUGUGUCUACACUCAUGAGGAAUUGUUGUGUAGGUACAACCAUUAUGCAUUGUACAGUCACGGGGUUGGAACAGGGUGAUGGAGUUCGUUAUAAAAGAUCAAUCUUUCACGUGAAUCUCUGCCAUUUCCAUCGUGUUCCUCCUGGCAGUUUGAUCUCUCUUUUUUUUUAAUUCCUUCUAUUCAUGUUCACUUUUGGGAUUUUCCAUCCUUCCUCAUCCACCAUGCUGCUGAAUCGAUUUGGAAUAUUUGUGAUUUGUGUGGUUGCGUGUGCCGCAGCGCAUCCAUCGAGUGUCCCCUUUAAGGAUAAGGAACCAAAGUUGCACUCCUUUGGCGCCGAUGACUGGCGCAAGGUUUACAAUGAAAGUCACAGCCAUGUGAACGAGGUGGCCAAUGAGAGAGCACAGAGGCUGGGAUACACCACCGGAUACGGAAAUGGAGUUCAGGGCUACCCUCACUCCGCGAAUGGAGUGGGAAUCUACACGCCGAUGAAGAUUGACUUGGGUGGUGUCUUCCUUGGUGCUCUCGUUGGCAUUGGCGCCAUUCUCAUCCUACCCAAGCUCGUGAAUGCCUUUUCCGGAAACUACGGCAACUACCGCAGUGUUGAUGGCGAACAGGCCGGUCUGAGUGAGAUGCUGGCCAAGUUGGACACAUACCUGGGGCAGAAUAACAUCGACAGCGCUUCUUGCAUGCAACGUGCCGUGUGCUCCUACGUAAAAUCAUCCGAAGCAAAUAUGCGAAGCGGAGCAGCAGACCAAAUGGAUCAGAUUAUUCACGAGAUCUCGCGCAAUUCCAUUGUGGAGUACAUGCUCGAUGGAACCCCCAUAAAGGAAGCCCUGGAGAAUGGACGUAACGACAGGGCGGGUACAUGUGAAACACUCUAUCCCGGUUGUCGUAUGGAUCAGGAAACUCUGCUGCAGAUGGUGAAGCGCUUCCUACCCAAGAAUUAGUGGGGCAUCGAAGUUGUUUCUAUAUCGCUCAAACAUGUGGUGUGUUUUUUUUUACAAUUAUGAAUUA